CAGAGAGGGUUCUGGUGUCCCUUCUCUCUCUGUCUCUCUUUACCAUAACCUUUGCUAAAAUCUCUCCUAUCUUCUUUGAAUCAGACACAAUGAGUAGACAAUUUAGUUCUAGAUCAGGUGGUGGGGUCAAGAUGUCCCGUGGCUACAGUUCUUCCACGGUUGUCAUUCCUGGUGGGGCAAGAGGCAGCUUCAGUACAGUUCAAAGUGGGAGAGGAAAUGUAGGGUUAGGUGGUGGUUUUGGUAGUAGAAGUCUCUACAGCCCAGGUGGUAGCAAGAGAAUCUCUAUUGGUGUUGGUGGCAGUGGUGGAGGAGGCUUCUGGAGUGGUGGAAUUGGUAGCGGAGGUGGUUUUGGUGGCAGUGGAGGUUAUGGAGCUGGAGGGGUUGGGGGUUAUGGAGGGGGAGGUUAUGGAGGUGUAAGCCCUGGUUUUGCACUAGGAGGCUUUAGUGGUGGAAGAAUGGCCCCCAUUGUUCCUCCUGGGGGUAUCCAGCAAGUGACUGUCAACUCCAACCUCCUGUCACCACUCAACCUAGAGAUUGACCCAGAGAUCCAGAAAGUACGUGUGCAGGAAAGAGAGCAGAUCAAGACCCUCAACAAUAAGUUUGCAUCAUUCAUUGACAAGGUACGGUUUCUGGAGCAGCAGAAUAAGGUUCUGGAGACCAAAUGGGACCUCUUGCAGCAACAUGGCAGCACGGCAACAAAGGUCAACAUUGAACCACUGUUCGAUGCUUACAUCAGUACCCUCAGGAGGCAGAUGGAUAAUCUGAUCGGUGACCGAGGAAGAAUGGAUGGGGAGCUAAGGAAUGUGCAGGAUAUGGUGGAAGAUUACAGAAAGAAAUACGAAGAUGAAAUCAACAAACGUACUGCUGCUGAAAAUGACUUCGUUGGCAUCAAAAAGGAUGUUGAUAGUUCCUUCAUGCACAAAACAGAGCUCCAAGCAAAGUUCGAUGCGCUGAUGGAUGAGAUUAACUUCUUGAGAGCCCUGUAUGAAGCUGAACUGUCUCAGCUCCAAGGACGGGUUAGUGACACCAAUGUUAUCUUACAAAUGGACAACAACAGAGAUCUAGACCUCAACAGCAUCAUUUCUGAAGUGAAAGCACAGUAUGAAGCCAUUGCUAACAGGAGUCGGGAUGAGGCAGAAGCUUGGUACCAAAGCAAGUUUCAGGAACUUCAGAGUGCAGCCGUGGGUCACGGUGAUGACCUGAAAAACACUCGGAGCGAGAUUUCGGACUUGACCCGUCUCAUGCAGAGACUGAAAGCAGAAAUUGAUGCUUUGAAGAAACAGAUUGCUAGUCUCCAGUCAUCUAUUGCUGAUGCUGAACAGCGAGGGGAGUUGGCCCUCAAAGAUGCCAGAGCGAAACUCAUUGAACUGCAGAAUGCUUUACAAACAGCCAAGGAUGAGAUGGCGCGCCUAAUGCGGGAUCAUCAGGAGCUGCUGGGUGUCAAAUUAGCCCUGGAUGUUGAGAUUGCUACAUACAGGACUCUGCUAGAAGGCGAGGAAUACAGGAUGUCUGGAGAACUCGCUACACCUGUGAGCAUGUCGGUGGUCAGCAGUUCUACCACCACGGGCGGAAGCAGUUUCGGCGCUGGAGGUGGUGGUGGUGGAGUUCGAAUGAGCAGCGGAGGAUUCAGCAUGGGUGGCAGCGGAGGAGGAGGCGGCAGCGGCGGAGGCAGCCUUGGUCUUGGAAUGGGCGGCGGAGGUGGUGGCGGUUAUGGUGUGAGCAGUGGGAUUUCUGCUGGAGGGAGCAGUUAUAGUUCUGGAGGUGCACAAGGCUUUGGUGGGGGUAUGAGUGCCGGAGGAGGCUCCUCGAGUGUGAAGUAUGUCUCAAAAACAUCAUCGUCAAGCAGGAAAGUAGUCAGAUAAAAAGAGAAACACACACACAGUCAAGUUCAGUCAAUUUUGGAAACUCCCUUAUAAUUGCCAGCAGCAACACCCCA